AUGGAUCGAAUUCUGAAGGCUGCUCGAACAUCCGGUUCGCUCAACCUCUCCAAUCGCUCUCUCCGGGAUGUGCCUACAGAGGUGUAUCAAUGUCUGGAAACGACCGGAGAAGGAGAAAACUGGUGGGAGGCGGUUGAUUUGCAGAAGCUGAUUUUAGCACAUAACGAAAUUGAGGUUUUGAGAGAAGAUCUUAAGAACCUUGCCUGUUUGGUUGUGCUGAAUGUCAGUCACAAUAAACUGACUCAACUUCCAGCAGCGAUUGGGGAGCUUACUGCAAUGAAGUCAUUGGAUGUGUCUUUUAAUUCGAUAUCAGAAUUCCCUGAGCAAAUUGGUUCAGCAACUUCUCUUGUCAAGCUUGACUGUUCAAGCAAUCGGCUUAAACAACUGCCAGAAUCUCUUGGAAGAUGCUUAGACUUAUCUGAUUUGAAGGCCUCAAAUAAUCAACUUUCCAGAUUGCCAGAAGACAUGGCCAACUGUUUGAAGUUAUCUAAGCUGGAUGUGGAGGGAAACAAGCUCACAGCUCUCUCUGAGGGGCACAUAGCGUCAUGGAAAAUGCUUACAGAACUUAAUGCAUCCAAGAAUAUGUUGGGUGGUCUGCCACAAAAUAUCGGAAGCCUUUCACGUCUUAUCCGGCUCGACCUUCAUCAGAACAAAAUCUCGUCAGUUCCACCAUCUAUAGGCGGUUGCUCCUCUCUUGUGGAGUUCUAUUUGGGAAUUAACACACUAUCAACAUUACCAGAAGAGAUUGGAGAUCUAUCAUGUCUAGGAACAUUGGAUCUUCGCUCUAAUCAGCUCAAGGAGUAUCCAGUUGGUGCAUGUAAAUUGAAGCUCUCGUACCUAGAUCUUUCAAAUAAUUCAUUGACAGGGUUGCAUCCUGAGCUCGGAAACAUGACUACUCUGAGAAAGCUUGUGCUUGUUGGCAAUCCUUUGAGAACCCUUAGAAGCUCAUUAGUAAAUGGUCCUACAGCUGCUCUAUUGAAGUAUCUUAGGAGCCGCCUUUCUAAUGGUGAAGAAACUAGUGCAAGUACUCCGACAAAGGAAACUGUAAUUGCUUCAGCAGCUCGUAUGUCCAUAUGUUCAAAGGAACUUUCUCUGGAAGGUCUCAACUUGAUUGCUGUGCCUUCAGAAGUUUGGGAAUCUGGAGAAAUCACAAAGGUCAAUCUUUCGAAGAACUCUAUUGAGGAAUUGCCUGAACAGCUUUCAUCAUCUCUUUCCCUUCAGACUUUGAUUUUGUCACGGAACAAGAUAAAAGAUUGGCCUGGUGCAAUCUUGAAGUCACUUCCCGGUCUUGUGUGCUUGAAGUUAGAUAAUAAUCCCCUGAAGCAG